AUGAACUAUCACAAAAUCUUAGGUGUAACUAAGAAUGCCUGCAAAAAAACAAUACGUGAAGCAUAUUUAAAAAAAGUAAAAUUAUAUCAUCCCGAUUUAAAUAAAAGUCCAGAUGCCACAUCAAAGUUUAAGCAGAUCCAAGAAGCAUACCAAGCCCUAUAUAAUGACGAUUAUUCACAAAAAUCAAACUACGGGGAAAAUUCAUAUGGAAACGGAAAUAAGACGGAAGAUUUAAAGAACAAGCACAGCUACUACAAUCCGGAUGAUUUUAGCGAUUUUCAUAAAGCAUUUUACGAAGAAGUUCGUAAAAUGAGAGAAAACGAAAGGAAGGAACAGAACAGAAGAUACACUAACAGCAAUUACAGCUAUACUUUGAACGACAUUUUGAAUAAAUAUUCGAGGGAAAAUUUUUACCUAAAUCUUAUUUUUAAACUAUUCCCCCUAUUUGUCGUCCCUUUCAUGUUCCUCUUUAUUGUAUACAAACAGUACCUAUUGAAGAGUCAUUUUAAAGAAAAGCCAAUACUCAUAUACGACUCUUAUGGAAGAGCAUUUUUGGUAGAUAUCCAUGGGAGAAAAUUUAGAGCAUCUGAAUUCGAUAAAUAUUAA